CCGAGCUCAAUUAGGAGCAACACACAUGAAACAUGGCGAACCACCUUCGUUUCGUCGCUCGGACUGUCAUGGUUCAGAACGGCAAUGUUGAAGCCGCAUACGGCGCUCUCAGCAGAGUGCUGUCUUCAGACGGUGUAAUUGAAUCCGUGAAACGUAAAAGAUACUACGAGAAGCCCUGUCGUAAGCGAGAGCGAGAGAACUUCGAGAACUGUAAGAGAAUCUACCAAGCUGAGAUGGCCCGGAAGAUAUCUUUCAUAUCAAGGGCUCAAAGGCAAGAUCCAUGGCUUGGAUGUUAAGAAAACCAAUGACUUGAACGACUGUUUAUGUUGACCAACAGAUGUGACAUGGAGUCAUACCAAAGGUGUGUCAGAAACACCUUUGGGUCAGAAGUGUUUAUUUAUUAAGAAAGGUGAAGAUAAACAAACCUGGGAACAUUCUGCAAAUGUUUUAAGCAUUCACCAUCAGAAGGUCUUUCCUGUGCUGUAACACCACCUUCAUUUUGGAUGUUGUGAUAUUGUUGACUUAACAUUUUGGCUAUCAGCCUGUAUGAUCUUGAUAAUAAAAAGCUUUCAAA